UUGUCGUCCUGGAAAGCCCGGCCCGUAACCGGUAUUUACAGCACUACCAUACCACAUUCUAGUACUGUUUGGCUUGUGCUAUGUGUUUGAAACUGUCAAGCCUGCCAUUCUUGAAAGGUUCCACUUCUCAGGGCUCACUCAAAAAAAUGGAAGCCCCUUCUCCUUCUCCCCAUGGCUCUGCAACUCCUGCUUUGCCCAAACACAGUGAUCUCUCCUCGGAGCAACUGAGCUUUCUAGACCAGCAUUUUCGAACUCCUAAAGAUCUUCCUCACAAAGCUCCUCUUCUCCUUUCGGCGCUUGGCCGCAACUGCUCCGAUUUGGACCGAGACCUCCUUCACCUCCAAACCAGCCUCACCAAGUCUUGCGUUUCCUGGAUUUCUCACUCUUUUGAAGCCAAAACUGCUGCCCACCGUCUCAAUCUUGAUCUUCAGAAUCUCAGUCUCCUCGCUUCACAACAUGGGAUUGGUUCGAAGAGACUUCAUAAAGUUUUGUUGAAAGAGCUGCCUCAACUCGCUGAGAAAGUGCUUCGAAUUGAGGCAAUCCGCAGUUAUUUUGGGACUACUCUAAAGUUAGAAGCUCUGGUUGGAGACCUAGAAGAUGCUGUUUUCUGUUUUAUGAAUUGCCAGACUAGCAUUAUGUUCUCAGCAAAGCUUUCAAAAUCCUCAUUGUCUACUGAGUUUGGAACAAAGCAUGAAAAGUUGCUUCAAGCCAUAAAAGCCAUGAAUGAUAUUGAAGACAAGUUGGUUGAUCUUGUGGUACUUCAACCUCGCUGGCAUCAUCUUUUAAAAUCUGUUGAUGCUAGGGUUGAUAAAAAUUUUGCCAUUCUUCGACCGCAAGUAUCAGCAGAUCAUCGGUCUCUUCUCAUUUCUCUUGGAUGGCCCCCAAAACUUUCAAUAUCUAAAGUUGAAGGUGGACACAUUUCAGACCUUCCAAACCCAUUAGUUAUCAUGCAAGGUGAAAAAGUAAAGACUUAUUCAAGUAGCUUCAUAAAUCUUUGUGCUUUACAAAAUUUUCAAAUGCGGAGGGAAAAACGGCAGAGUAAUAUUUUGGAACAAGAGAAAUGUAUCAUUCGACUUUGGGCCAUUGAUGAACUGGUAUUACCAAUUGCAUCACGAAUGGAGCACCACUUUUCACAGUGGGUUGAUCAGCCUGAAUUUAUGUUUGCUCUUGCAUACAAAAUAACUAUAGAUUUCAUUGCGGGAAUAGAUGAUGUGUUGCAACCUCUGAUAGAUAGAGCAAGACUGGUGAGUUGUAGUGCUAAAGAAGCUUGGGUUUCUGCAAUGGUACAAACACUUUCUAGGUUUUUGGAAACAAGAGUUUUCUCUUCUCUGGCUGACCAGUAUAAAGAUAAACAGAUCAAAGGUGAGGUUAUACCGUCAUGGCUUCAUCUAAUAGAUCUAAUUCUCACCUUCAAUAAACAAAUGCAAUCUCUUGUUAGUUUGGAAAUCUGUCACUUUUUGACAGAGUCAGAUAGAUUACAAGUGCUCUCAAGAGGUAUUUCUUUGCUGACAAUAUUUUGUGAUAGGCCUGAAUGGCUGAAGAUAUGGGCAAAAAUAGAAAUAAAAAAUGCCUACAAGAAACUUAAAGUAGAGUUGCAGGACGAUAAAAGUUGGAGUGUUGAUAGCAAACAUCAAGCUGGACUUCACUCCGAGGCAGAGUGUGAGCAUUAUCUACUCUCUACUAGAGAAGAUCACAAAGCUCCAUUGAUUGCAGAAUCUUCCCUAAAGAUUGCCUGGGAAAUGAUUGAGCGGUGCCAAGCCAUGCCGGCAGUUUUACCACGUAUACAAUUUAUUAGGUCAACUGCAGUAAGGUUUCUCUGGUACUUCUUCAAAGUAUUGCUUUUACGGUACAAAGGAACUGAAAUUGAUUCUGAGAACCUCGAUGAUGAUGCCUUGAGUAGAAGAUGUUUAUUAAUCAAUGCUGCUAGAUACAUUGAGUUUAGACUGCAACAGUGGAGUGACUCUGUUGAUUUUCUGGAGAUGAAAGUUGCUGAAAAUGAUUGCAAGAAUCGGAGAAAUGUUAAUCAUAGUUGCUUUUUUGAGGAAGAGAUUAAGAGCUUGUGUGAGCUUGAAACCAAUUGGUUGAUGGACAUCAUUGCUGUUAUUCUUCGUCAAUUUGAGAAUCUUUCAUGGGAUUAUGUCAAACAAGCCAAACAUCUCCAGCAGGAAAGUGAAGGAGGCUAUCUGCAAGUAUCAGUUGCAGCAAAUUUAGCCGUUUCAGUUGAUUUUGUUGACGCAUUGGACACUUUGAGGAGUCAUCUUCAUGCUUUGAAAAUGACUCUUAACCCCAAGGAUUUUUUAGAUUUGUGGAGAAGUCUUGCUGAGGGGCUGGAUCAUUUUAUUUUUUUCAGUAAUAUCUUUGCUGAGAUUCAGUUCUAUGCCAACAGGGUGAACCAGUUUGAGACAGAUAUUCAGGCUUUGUUUUCAGUUUUUAAAUCUUUUUGUGUUCGGCCAGAAGCGUUUUUUCCCAGUAUUAGAGGUGGUCUAAAUCUUUUAAAAGCGAACAAGGAAAGAGGUAAGAGGUAAGAGGUAAGCAAAUGCUUCUCUUCUCUUGGAAAUAAAUGAAUGAAAUGCUCCUCUAAGAAAGGGCAUGAGAUCUUUACGUCAUUUUUGGCUUAUCUCGAUGUUUAAUUUUUGGGUAAAUAGCACCUAGAUUUCAAUUUUGUAAAGUUGUAUCAUAUACGAAACACCAGUGCCUGGUGCGGCCCUUUUGGUUUAAAAUGAUUGGCUAAGAUGGAAAGGUUAUAGAAUUUUAAGUGAGGCUCGGAUGUAUAAUAACAGGACUCAUGUACUAUA